GGGAAGUAGAGACAGGCUCUUCCUUCUUGUUGAUGUGCUUGACUUGGCAGUUGAGACACACUUGGGAAAGUGAAACGUAGAUGGACCAAGGUCGGUGCUAGAUGCGUGGCCAGUAGAAGGAGGCCGGACGGAAUUGUGAGUUUUGGUUUCCCCCAAUCUCUUGCUGACCGGGAAACACGGGUGGGCUCAGAAUGCUGCGUAGCCCAAGGGGCCAGUAAGUUGAGAGCUCAGGGACUUUAAACGCCUUCCAUUUCGCCCAUUUUACAGGUCUCUGUCUGAUGCCCGCCAUGUCUGGCUUUGAGGAUGCUGACACUGAGGAGACACUCACUUGUUUCCAAGUUACUGUCUAUCAUCCAAACCAAGAGCAUAAUCAGGUGUUUCAAACGCUGAGGUUUUUCAAUCGAGAACGGCUGUCAUCCAUGGAAGUGAUAAAGUUUGGCCGGAGUCCCAACCUGUGUCAUUAUACCUUUCAAGACAAACAAGUCUCCAGAGUUCAGUUCUCUUUGCAGCCAUUUAAACAAUUCAACAGUUCAGUCCUCUCAUUUGAAAUUAAAAACCUGAGUAAGAAAACCAGUCUGCUUGUGGGCAACAUAGAACUCGGCUAUCUCAAUAAAAUGGACCUUCCAGGCAGGUGCAUCGUGCGGUUUGGAGAAUACCAGUUCCUGAUGGAGAAAGAAGACGGGGAAUCCUUAGAGUAUUUUGAAACACGCUUUGUGCUGGCCCCACGGUCACUCUUAGAGGAAAGACACUAUGGAAAGCCUGUACCUGAGAAUGGCUUUUCUUCAUCCACAUUGCCCACAGAAAUGGAUGAAAAUGAAUAUUGAACAAAUGGAGAUGAGGACAGGAAAAUCAUAAAGGAUAUGGGAAGGCAGGCAACUUGAUGGAUAUUAUUUGGGUAGAAUUAGUUAAACUUCAACAACAUUUCUGUCUUCCAUGCCAUCAAAUGGGGGUAUUUUAAAUUCAAUGCUUUGUUGUUGUUGUUGUUGUUUUUUAAUUCUGUAGUUUUCUUGGGCAUUGAACAUCACCAGAGGAAGAGGUUCAGUGCUUUGGGUGGAUCCUUACUAAAGGAUUUACUGAAAAGCAUUGAUGUGAAUUGCACAGGAUAUGAGGGGGUCUCUCUCUCUCUCUCUCUCUCUCUCUCUCUCUCUCUCUC